UUGGUCCGUGGGGAGAGGCAACUGUUAUGGAAGUGGCUGUCUCUUGAAUUUACUUUACUGUAUUUCUACUCGCACCUAAGUGGAAAUAACGCAUUUGGGGAUUAACUGGUUGUUAAAUUAGUCAGACAUAUACAAACCGGAUGAACAGCUGAGCCUGACAGGAUAAAGAAAGAUCUCGCGCGUUGUUUAUCUUCUCUUGACCACUUCAUUUUUGUGGACAGCGCGACAAAACAUACGCAGUUGCGUGCUUGUGCAUGUUCAGCACUUAUGCGUUUCAAUCGAGAAUUCAUGAUACUGUGCAUAAAAUAAGUUUUAAGGACCUCGCGGGAGCGUUACACGCAGUUUAAUUCGUGCAGGAGUUCAAGUUUAGCCCACUUGAGGCUCGGUCAAAACAAGCUAAUAUCUCUGCAUGUAAAUAUAUAUAAGGAUCAUAUUGCACGGGCCUCGUCUGUUUUGGUCAAAAUGCAAUGGGACUAAAUGAGGCCUGUCGACCAACAGCUUCAGUUUCGAUCCUGAUUACCAGGUCUGGAAAGGACAUUCAAAGAUGUGAACAAGUGACUGUGUUGCACUCCACCACAUCAGUUGUGCACCUGUAGCAAUGGAGCGGAGUAAACGCAACUCCAUUGCUGGGUUCCCCACACGACCGGAUCGGUUGGAGGACCUCGAUGGCGGAGGAGGAGGAGCAGCAGAAACCGGUCCGGGUCAGCUGGACAGAGUGUGUCCCUCUUCCUAUCGGGCCCUCAUCAGUGCCUUUUCUUGCUUAACCCGACUUGAUGACUUUGUCUGUGAAUGGAUUGGGUCUGGGUUUUUUUCAGAAGUCUACAAGGUGCGUCACAGAGCCUCGGGUCAGGUCAUGGCUCUAAAGAUGAACACCCUGAGCAGUAAUCGUGCCAACAUGCUGCGCGAGGUUCAGCUUAUGAACAGACUCUCCCACCCCAACAUUCUCAGAUUCAUGGGUGUGUGUGUGCAGGAAGGUCAGCUUCAUGCUCUCACAGAGUACAUUAAUGGUGGCAACCUGGAACAGCUGCUGGACAGCAAUAAGUACCUGAGCUGGGCCACGCGGGUCAAACUGGCUUCAGACAUUGCCAUGGGCCUUAGUUACCUUCAUUUCAAGGGUAUUUUCCACAGAGAUCUCACAUCCAAGAACUGCCUGAUCAAGUCAGAUGAGAACGGCUAUACUGCAGUCGUUGGAGACUUCGGCCUGGCUGAGAAAAUCCCCAGUAAUGAUUCUGAUGAGAAGCUGUCUGUGGUGGGAUCUCCAUUUUGGAUGGCUCCAGAAGUGUUAAGAGACGAGCCUUACAAUGAGAAGGCUGAUAUCUUUUCAUAUGGAAUUAUUUUAUGCGAGAUCAUUGCAAGGAUACAGGCUGAUCCGGACUAUUUACCACGCACUGAGAACUUUGGUUUGGAUUAUCACGCCUUUCAGCAUAUGGUUGGAGAUUGUCCCCCUGACUACCUACAACUCGCCUUUAACUGCUGCAAUAUGGAUCCAAAACUCAGGCCCUCGUUCCCAGACAUAGUAAAAAGGCUGGAGGAGAUCCAGAAACGGCUGAAAGCUGAUGAUUUAGAGAGGGAGAGGAUGCUGUUACCGGCGGGGGAAGCGGACAAAAAAACUAUCCCCAAAGGUCCAGUUGAUAAAGGUAUAAAGAGGCUAAAUCCUGACGGUUUCCAGGAUGAUAAGAUUCCACCCAAGUCACCGCGUCCACGUCGCAGCAUCUGGCUUUCCCGCAGCCAGUCUGACAUUUUUGCUCGAAAGUCUGUCCGCAAAGUAAGCGUCCAAGACCCUUACUACGACCCAGGACCCAGGGGGUUUGCAUAUGAGGUACCGAAAGUCAACCCUUUCAGUGCUAGAGAGGACUUAAAAGGUGGCAAGAUCAAAUUUUACGACAUGCCCAGCAAGUCUGUCUUCUCGUUCAUGUUUGAUUUGCACUCGCCCCAAGGCAGUCAGAGUUCAUACCAGCCGCAACCCAACACAGGAGCAACAGGCAUCAACAGCUCCGCCUCCUGGUCAGAUCUGCCUGGUCGGCAAUGCCGGUCUCUCCCCGUCUCCCCUCAUCUGUCUUACUCGGAGGCAAUUUUCUCAUCACACAAAAGCGAGGCAGGACAGACCGGCGGUGACAUGACCGGCUGGGCUAAAAAGUAUGCCAUAACGGAGAUCCCUCCAUACAGGCCACGAAGUGAAGGAGAUGUAGACAGUUGGUCAUCUCUGGUUCCCUCUGAUAGCGGAGAGGCUGAGGCCAUGGACUGCUCCAGCAGCAGAGGCAGCCCUGCGGAUGAGAGGGACAGAAUCUUCAACCAGAUGCAGAACGGAAGCAUCGGUGGCCUUGGUGAAGAAAUGGAGGCUGAAGACCAGGAAGACGUGUUGAUCUCAAAUAAGAACUCUCAUAGUCUCAGCAUGUCUGUGGAACCACACUGUCCGAUCGUACUCACGGCCUGCAAAGCUUCCACUGCGACAGACCGUCUCUCAAGAUGUAAUAUCUAAAUGGUUGAAGAUAUUGUUCCUUGUGACUUAAAGGACAUUAUUGUAAUGUAGGCUGAAAUGAGAGCAAGAAACGGGAAUACUGAUCCAGUUCAUGUAUUAGUAGACACACUAUAAACAACUCGUACAGUGGGAAAGAUGGGAUGUCUGCUUAUACAGGGCUUAGAUACAAGACACUUACUGUGACUAUGGGUUCCCUUUAAAAUUAAAUAUGGUAUCGAAUCCACAAUUUUGUUUUGUUGUCUUUUUAAACAUGCAUUUGUCCAUCAACUGUAAAAUUUAACCUGCAUGUUUAAGCAGCUUUGUCCAAUACUAAAUAACACAUUUUUAGGAGAUAAUUGUGGGUGUUUUUUGCACUGCAUGAGCCUAGAAAAGAUAAUCCUACAAACAUUCCAAUUUUUCAUUGCGUUUUUCUCACACAUCUCGCAAAAGCUCCUGUGAUGUUUCAUCCUCCGCUAAUGGUUUGUGCCAUAGUCGAAUCAUUUUCACUCUUAUGACCUCUCAGGUCUUCGUAAAUGUCCAUGUCUGUAUCUACUUAAAAUCGUAAUUGCACUUGAAAUAAGUUAAUGGUUUGAACUUUUUAAUCUAUUAUUUGUCACUACAUUUCUAUGCAAUAAAUUUAACCCAAGGCAUGAUAGUUUUAUAGAGAGGAUUUAUUUUGAUAUUUAUAAUGAGAAAAGUUUUACUUUGUCUUACUACGUGUCUGUAAACUGUUUUGUUAAUAUUGUUUGAUAAAUAGAGAUGUAAAUGUGGAGUUGUUUAUUGCUAGUUUAUACUUAACUCAAUUUUCUGCUUUUUUUGGUCCUGACUGUUUUCUGAGCGUUCGUAGAUUUUAGAUUUGUAACUGAAUCAGAGAUGUAUAUUUCUAUCAAAGACGAAUCAAAGGACUUAUUUUUCCCAUUUAUAUGGCUUUAAUUGUUGAAAUGUAUGUGUGUAUAGCUGUUUGUUAAAAUAAAUUUAAAAUGUCCUAA